UGCCAUUUGUAUUGUGCAGCAGAAAUGGCUCACUAUGGUGGUCUGGGACUAGCAUUCAUGCUUGGAUUACUUCAUUUCCUUGGUUUAUUCAUCAAUGCCAAUGCUUUCACAGCUUCUGGGUGGCAAAGGGCUCAUGCAACCUUCUAUGGAGGCAGUGAUGCUUCUGGCACUAUGGGAGGAGCAUGUGGGUAUGGAAACCUGUAUACCACAAGGUAUGGGACUAGGACUGCGGCAUUGAGCACAGCAUUGUUCAACGAUGGUGCCUCUUGUGGUCAAUGCUACAAGAUCAUAUGCGACUUCAAAGUAGAGCCUCGAUGGUGCAGGAAGGGAGUUUCAGUCACCAUCACCGCCACUAAUUUCUGUCCACCUAAUUACGCUCUUCCUAGUGAUAAUGGAGGUUGGUGCAAUCCUCCCCGUCCCCACUUCGACAUGGCCCAACCCGCUUGGGAAAAGAUCGGAAUUUACAGUGGCGGUAUCGUUCCUGUUAUCUACCAAAGGGUACCAUGCAAGAAACGUGGUGGGGUGAGAUUUACGAUCAACGGUCAUGAUUACUUUGAGCUAGUGCUAGUCACAAAUGUGGGUGGAGCUGGAUCCAUUAGAUCAGUGCAAAUCAAGGGUUCAAAAACUAACUGGAUGACAAUGUCAAGAAAUUGGGGAGUCAAUUGGCAAUCCAACGCAUACCUAACGGGUCAAUCACUCUCUCUCCGGGUCACAUCCAGUGAUGGCGUCACCAUGACUUUCUUGAACGUGGCCCCAUCCAAUUGGAGAUUUGGGCAGACUUUCGCCAGCCCACUCCAGUUCUCAUAAGAGGCCCGGCCCAUAUUGGGCUUAGAGUUCUUGGGCCCAUCAGGCAGUGGCUUGCUUGCUAUUUUACCGAAAGCAGCCCGCCACUUAUUUUUGGGUUUUAUGCAGAUUCUUUUGGACAGUUUCGGAUUACAGGCUGGGUAUAAGCCCAAUAACUCUAGCCCAAACAUUGGCCCAUUACAAGAUUGUUGGCAAUAAGUAAUAUAUACAGUUUGGUUUCAUUGUACCAAAAAAGAUAAAUAAUGUGUGCCUUAGUACAUUCAGUUCUUCCCUAUAAACUUGUAAUGUGAAGAUUUCCAUAUUAUAAAUAUACAUAUUCGUGCCGUUUUACAAUUUUACUUUUAUAUAUUUAAAUCUUUGAAA